CUCUGAAUUUCUCCCAACGACUCUACCCACAUACAGCAGACAGUAACUGCAUCUUCUAUACCCCCAAACAUCUUCAAUUACCCCAAGAAAUCAUGGCCAACGAAGAGCGCCAGCAGCCUCUGCGCCUCGGCUCCAUCGCGCCCAACUUCAAGGCUGAGACCACCAAGGGCCCCAUCGACUUCCACGAGUUCAUUGGCGACAAGUGGGUCGUUCUCUUCUCUCACCCCGAGGAUUACACGCCCGUCUGCACCACUGAGCUGGGCGCCUUCGCAAAGCUCGAGCCCGAGUUCACCAAGCGCGGCGUCAAGCUCAUCGGUCUUUCGGCCAACACCAUCGACAGCCACGAUGGCUGGAUCAAGGACAUCAACGAGAUCAGCGGCAGCAACCUGAACUUCCCCAUCAUUGGCGACAAGGAGCGCAAGGUUGCCUACGCCUAUGACAUGCUUGACUACCAGGAUACCACCAAUGUCGACUCCAAGGGCAUUGCCUUCACCAUCCGCUCUGUCUUCAUCAUCGACCCCAAGAAGACCAUCCGUCUCAUUCUCUCCUACCCCGCCUCGACCGGCCGCAACACGGCUGAGGUGCUCCGCGUUGUUGACUCGCUCCAGACAGGCGACAAGCACCGCAUCACGACCCCCAUUAACUGGGUACCCGGUGACGACGUCAUUGUCCACCCCAGCGUCAACAACGAACAGGCCAAGGAGCUGUUCCCCGACUUCAAGAUUGUGAAGCCGUACCUGCGAUUCACGCCCUUGCCCAAGGAAAAGACCACUGCUGCGUAAGCUUGCGCAGGUCAAGGGCAGGCAUUGCCCGCGUGCUGCGGCGUUUGUAUGGGCGUCGCGGAAAUUCGAUGGCUGGGCUCAACAGCAUGACGGGGGUUGGACCUUUGUGCUUCUAGAACAUCAUGGGAUGCUUCGAGGCUUGUCCGUCCCUGCACUGCCACGCGAUAAGGCUGAGCGGUCAGAGGUGUGUUGAAUGUUCGUAGAAUGGAUGAUACCACCCACU